CAGAGUGAGGUAGCCAGCAGUAAAUCAAGUUUUUAUCUAGCCAGUUCCCCUUUUCCUUGUUAUUUUUAAAAAUACUUCUUUGUGCUCUGCCCUUGAAGAGACUGUAAAAUUCUGCAGUUCAGUCUCUGAGGGCUUUACUGGUUUAUCAUCCUACUUAAAUGAAAUAAGCAGUGAUUCCUGCAUUUCUAUAGAAAACCUCAAGAUCGGGACCACUGUGGAAGACAUUUCCACUGAGGCACGUCCCUAACUUGAGAGAUGGGGAAUGAAUUCAAGAGAAUUGUUCUGCUGAAAGGACUUCAGCACAUCAGUGAUUAUCAUUUUAGCAUGAUUAAGUCUUUACUGGCUGCGGAGUUAAAACUGACUAGUAAAAUGCAAGAGGAAUACGACAGAGUUAAGAUUGCUGACUUGAUGGAAUUAAAGUUCCGAGGGCCUGCCUGUGUUGAAAAACUAAUAGUGUUGGUCAAAGACAUAGAAGAAAUUAAACACCUUGCUAAAACUCUUAGAAAUGAGAAGUCAAAAGUUAUAAGGAGAAGUAAAGCAAAAGAAGCAACUCCAGGGAAAAAAAGCAAGCAGGAUAAACCCAAACCUGACCAAUCUACAUCCACCACUGAAAAAGCUUUGGGACCUGAAUCAAUCAAGGAUACACCUGUGAAGAAAAAGAAAACCAUAAAAACUUGUGAAUCUAAGAAGAUGAAGCUAACAGAGGAGCAGAGUUGGCUUCCAGGACUGUCAGUGACCAGCACAGAGUCAAAGAGCCUUCCUCAGACUCCUCAAAUGCCUCCACCAACCUCAUCCAGCAGUUCCUUAACCAAGAAAAAAAAUGACAUAGCUACCAAUAUUAGUAACUUAAAAAAGAAGUUACAAUCGCAUAAACAGAGUCAGAUGCCAGGAACUUCAGCAACCAGCACGUGCCCAGCUCGCAGCGGUGGCCAGAUGAGUCCAGUACCCCCACCAACACCAUUCAGCAACUUCUCAAUCAAGGAAGAAGACGACACAUAUUUUUGGACCCAAAAACUGAAAGACACAACCACUGAAACUGUUGACUCCAAGAUGAAGCUAUCCCCGGCGCAGAGGCAGCUUCCACAACUUCCAACAUUCAGCAUAAUCCCAACUGGGGGCUGCCUCCAGACUCCUCAGAUGCUAUCACCAACCUCAUCCAGCAGUUCCUCAGCCAAGAAACCAAGAUUGAAGGCUGUACCUAAAGAAGCUUCCAGAGAGGAGGGCUUCCACAGGGACCCCAAAGAAGUGAUGGUGCUGAAAGCAACAGAACCAUUUACAUAUGAUGUCCGAGAUGGCGAGAAGAAGAUGUUUCAUGCCACAGUGGCUACUGAGAGCCAGUUCUUCCAUGUGAAGGUUUAUCAUGCCGCCCUGAAGGAGAAGUUCAUCCCAAAGAAAAUCAUUGCCAUAUCAGAUUAUCUUGGCCGCAAUGGGUUCCUGGAGGUGUUCAAUGCCUCAUGUGUGUCUGAUGUUGACCCUGACCGAAAGAUGGAGAUCUCUAAAAGCCUGAUUCAAAAGGCAAAUGCAACUCCUAAAAUCAGUCAUCUUUACAUGCAAGAUGUAGGAACAUUUGUGAAUGGGGUGUUUCUGGUGCAGAAGAAAUUGGUACGUAAUGAAUGCAUAUAUUAUGAAAUAAAAGAUAAUACAGGAGUGAUGGAAGUCCUUGUUUAUGGACAACGACUGACCGGAAUCAACUGUGAGGAAGGCGAUAGACUUAAACUCAUCUGCUUUGAAUUGGCAUUGAGUGGAGAUAAGAGGCAGCUGAGAUCCGUAAUUCACAGUUUCAUCAAGGUCACCAAGGCCAGGAAAAUCCAGGGAAAACCACUCGAUCCUGAUUUAUAUAUGGAAACCUUCUUCUAAGAACCUGGAUAUCAUCAAUAUUGAUGUUUGUGGAGCUAAGAUCUAAGCACAGCAAAAAAUGCAUAUAUAUAUAUAUAUACACACAUAUGUUGAAAUACAACUAUAUAUAUAUAUAUAUAUAUAUAUAUAUAUAUAUAUACACUAGCCAUUGAUUCUUCGGAAUCAGGUGUUUUAAUUUUUUAAAAAAUUUUGUAUAUCAUUUCAAUGCUUAAUUUUGCAUCUAUAAGUUUUAUAAUUUGGAAAAAAUAAUAAACAUGCUUUUUUUUGUUGUUUUUUUGUUUUUUUUCCUAAAGGCAUGCCUCCCUAAGAGUCUAAUUUAUUGGUUUGUUGCUUAAAAGUAAAUAGUCUGUGGCCCGCAAUUCAGACAGGGACACCUAAGCCCCAAGCAAUAUGUAAAUGUAUACUUUGGUUGUGAUCUUUACAGAAUAUAACUCUGGUUAAGAAUGAACAGGUUGAAAAAGCUGUGCCUGCUCAAAGAAACCCAGGAGGAGGGCAGACCAGCUGAAAUCCAGUCUCUGCUUCAAUUGCCAACCCCUGUCCUAUGGUGGAGUUGCUUUAGUCCAAAACAAUGAUAUCUUUUCAGAAUUGGUCUCCUGGAGGGGCCAUAAUUGGGUAAUUUGUGUACUAAAUAAGGCAGCAUCUCAUGAUUUGCAUGAAGUCGCUAACAUAUGUUGGAAGCAAUUCUAGCCCUGUCUGAUGUGAAAUAACUGGUUCACUUAAUGACUCAGAUACCAACAGCUCAGUAGCUCUCCAGCUAUACUUCCUGGUCUUCACGUGUAUGGAUCUUAUGAGGAAGUUUCUCCAGGAAAAGACUUCCACUAGGCAAACACUGAGGAGUGGUGAAUUUACUUUAGAGUACAAUGGCAGAGAGUAGAUAUCUUAACACUGAAAUUUACAGUGUAUUUUUUUAAGUUAUUUUAUUGAAGUAGAGUUGAUGUAUAAUGUGUUAAUUUCUGCCCUACAGGAAACUGAUUUAGUUAUAGAUAUUAAUGUAUUCUUUUUUUGUAUUCUGUUCCAUUGUGGUUUAUUACAAGAUAUUGAAUAGAGUUCCUUUGUAGUGUGUUUCUUGAUCACAUAUUUGGUACCUGGUGUUUUGCAGUUAUUUUGUGUCACUUAACAUUAUACUAGCUCUAGAGGGUUGACAGUGUUCUUCUUUUUACUCUCCUAAUAAGAAAAGUAAGGGACAGAAGGUAAGAUCCUGUUCCUAAUGAUUAGAACCAUUGCAUCUUAACAAGAAUUUCCUCCCUGCCACUUUAUUGUCAAUGCUUCCUCCAAUCCAGCUCCUGGCAACCACUGAUAUAGUUUCUUAACUAACACUUUUCACUUUUCCAGAGUUUCCUAAGUUGGAAGUUAGAGUGGAUAUAGCAUUUUGAGUCUGGCUCCUAUCACUUAGUAUAGCGCGUCUAGGAUUCAUCCAUGUAGUUGGGUGUAUCCGUUUAUUCCUUUUAUUGCUGUGUAGGAUUCAAUGUGGGGACCCAGAAAAGUUUGUUUAUUUGUUCUGCAAGUGCAGAACAAUUGGAUUGUUGACACUUUGGCAUAGUUACAAAUAAAACUGAUGUAAAUAUUCACAUGCAGAUUUGUGUGAGCCUGUAUUAUCAUUUCAGUGAAUAAAAAUCUUGGGGUGAGAUUGUUGAUUCAUGUGGUAAAUGUAUUUCAAAUAUAUAAGAAAUUGCCAAACUGUUUCCUAAGGUGAGUGUAGCAUUUUUCAUUCCCCUGAGCAAUGUGUGAGAGUUUCAGUUGCUCUGUGUCCAGCUCCGAGUUUAGCAUUGUAGGUGCAUGUUUAUUUAAAAAAACAAGUGUCCAAGCCUUUUGCAAAGUAGUGUACCGCUUAACAU